CGCCCGCCGUUCCCAUUUCAGUGAGGGUUAUCUGGUAGCCUUUUUAUUUAUUAUUUGGGGCCAAGUAGGAAUUUUGGGGGUCACACCCGAUUGGCUUUGGGGGUGCUCUUUUCCCACCUACUUCUCACUGAUUCUCCAGGCUCGGUGCGUUGGAGAGGGAUGGGGGCCUGCCUGGCCCGGGUCUACCUGCGAGUCCUGAUGUUCCGGUGGUUCCGGUGCCGAUGUCGCCUUCUCCUUUGCCGGUGGUACCUGAUGCUCCUGUGCCUGCGGAUCCGACUCCUUUGGAACCUGCUGAGCCGGUGGUGCCGGGUGAGCCCAUCGCACCUAUACCCGCACCUACACUAGCAUCUACAUCCACUGUGGCUACACCUGACGGCGGUACCGGCCAGUGGCCUACCUUAUCCUGGCCGGUCCCUGCUUGGGGCGGAUGGGGUCCUGUCCCUGGAUGGGCACCUGGUUUACAACCUUGGGGGACAGGGUCUCCUACUGGGGUGGCUAAGCCUAUGCCUGGCCUGUUAGGGGUGGCGGAGGAGGUCUGGUCGGGCGUGCGGCCUUGGGCCAGUGUUCCAGGGCUGGCAGGGCUGAGUGGGGAUCCAGCGGCUGGGAAUUUAGCUUCGGCCGCUGGGUUUUACCCCAUGGGUAUUGUGCCAUCCCAGCAGCAUGCCCCUUAUGGGGGUAUGGGGCUCCCUUUAGGAGACCAUUUGUUACCUGCCAUGACGGAAAAGAUCCUGAAAGGGGAGUUUGUCGAUAUUUUUAGCCUCCUGUUUAGAGAGCCGGAGGUUAAACAUAAGGAAUGGGAGUCCUGCAAGGAGCACGAAGCCACAAAGCGAAAGCCAGUUGAAAAAACUUGGAACAACUGGCUUUCUGGCUUUACCAUAUUUAUGGGAGUACUGGUGCAGGCGCAGCUGGCUAAGGGGCCUGCGCUGCUUAAAUAUAUGGACAUCAUUCACCGGGCAGUCUUGGACUUUGCCGGUUCGUCUUGGAUCAGAUACAACGAACGUUUUCGGAUGCGGGCGGCAUUGGACCCCUCCCUCCCUUGGGACACGCCUUUGCAGGAAUUGUGGCUGAUGAUUAUGUCACCCGCUCGACCUGCCGAAGGUGACAGGCCGGAUAGUGGGCAUCUGUUGUCCAGAUCUCCGGUGGGUGGGUCACCUUUAGCGGCAGGGUCACCUUUAGCAGCGGGCCAACAGUGGGUUCAACCCCACCUGGUCUGCUGGGAGUAUAACAACGUGGGCCGCUGCUCCAGGCCGGUGUGCCGUUUUAGGCACGCGUGUGGGCUCUGCGGCGCCAAGCACCUGAGCUCUACUUGUCCCAGGGCAAAGCCAGCGGGUUCUGGGCCAAAGUUCAGGAUGGGAGGUGGGGGAAGGGGUGGUGGUCCCCCUCCCCCCCUCAGGGAAAAGGGGCCCAGUCUGGUCAAACUUGAGGUCCUGGGGCGUUGGUUGCGGGUUUAUCCCUGCAGGGCAGCAGCGGCUUAUUUGCUUUCAGGGUUUAGGGAUGGGUUUAGGAUUCCCUCUCUGUCGCACCGGGUGUCGGUUAUGUCUCGUAACCUUCGGUCGGUGGUAGGUAAGGAGGAGGUUGUUCGGAGGAAGAUCAAUAAGGAGGUGGCUUUGGGGAUGGUUUUGGGGCCUUUUGAUAGCCCUCCCUUUCCGAGGUUGCGGGUUUCUCCCUUGAGGGUUGUCCCUAAGAAGGCGCCUGGUGAAUUUCAUCUUAUUCACAAUUUAUCGCAUCCCAAGGGGUCUUCCGUCAAUGACGGGAUACCGGAUGCCUUAUGUUCAGUGCGGUACACUUCAUUUGAUGAAGCGGUCCAUAUGGUUAGGGUUUGUGGUGCAGGGGCUUUAUUAGCCAAAUGUGACAUUGAGUCUGCAUUCCAUCUGCUGCCGGUUCACCUGGCGGAUUUUGAUUUGUUGGGUUUCUGUUUUGAGGGGAGAUUCUAUUUUGAUCGGGUGUUCCUGAUGGGUUGUUCUAUUUCUUGUGCGGCCUUUGAGGCUUUUAGCACCUUUCUUGAGUGGGCAGUGAGGAGUAGGACCGGCCUGAGCUCUACGACUCACUAAUUGGAUGAUUUUCUUUUUGCAGGCAGGGGCGAUUCAUCAGCUUGCCUGCACCUGUUGAAUUCAUUUAUUCAGAUGGUACAGGAGCUGGGGGUUCCCCUGGCUAGGGAUAAGACAGAGGGCCCGGUCACCCAGCUGUCUUUUUCUGGGGAUUGAGAUGUAUACCUUGGAGGGAUGCUCGCAUUUGCCGCUGGAAAAGUUGCGGGUUCUGGUGAACCUGGUGGUGGCUCUUGGGCGUGCCCGUAAGGCCUCAUUAAGGGAGCUUCAGGUGGUGGUCGGGCACCUGAAUUUUGCUUGCAGGGUGGUGGUACUGGGGCAGGCGUUUUUGAGAUGCCUUUGCAACCUUAUGUCAGGGCCUAAGGCCCCGCAUCACAGGGUACGUAUCACUGAGGGGGUUAGGGCAGAUUUGGCCAUAUGGGAGUCAUUUUUAAAGGAGUUUAAUGGAGUGUCCUUCUGGAGGUCCGAGCAGCUCCUGGAGGCGGACUUGCAGGUCCACUUGGACGCUGCUGGUGGGAUCGGUUUUGGUUUGUAUUUUAGGGGUCGUUGGUGUGCCGCCCGCUGGCCGGCAGAGUGGGUGCGGUUAGGUAUAACUAGGGAUUUAACUUUCUUAGAAUUCUUCCCCAUUGUAGUGGCGGUCCAUAUUUGGGUCGUCGAGUUUUCCAACUGUACGAUCCGGUUUUGGUGUGACAACCAGGCGGUGGUGCAGGUUGUCAAUUCGCAAACGUCUCACUCCUUGCGGGUUACUGGGUUGUUGAGGGCUUUUGUCCUUCAGUGCCUUAGGGCUAAUAUUCUGUUUGUGGUGUGCCAUGUUCCGGGAAUUCAAAAUGAUAUUGCUGAUGCCCUGUCUCGCUUUCUGGUGGACAGGUUCAGGGAGCUAGCGCCAGAGUCAGCUCUACACCCGGAACCCAUGCCGGCCGCUCUUUGGUACCUUGGCAGGUAGAGGCACAGAGGGCUAUAGCUGCUUCAUUGGUGCCCAGUACGAGGGCAAGCUAUGCCUCCAAGCUAGCGGCCUUCGCAUGCUUCAGGAGGAAGGAGGGGCUUGAGGAAGUCUGGCCAGUGCCAUUUGUUCCAGUUUUUGGUACAGUUGCGGGGUUCGGGUUGGGCCGUGUCCACUUUAGGUGGCUAUGUAUCGGCGCUGUCCUUUGUGGUGCAGGCACAGGGGGUUGGAGAUUGUACCGGUGACCCCAGGGUUAAGAGGAUGCUGGAGGGCUGGUCUUCCUCCAGCAAAGGAGCGCAGGAAGCCAUUCACCUUGGACCUGCUGACUGUUUUGUGUGGGCAGCUGCAAGGUUGCUGUGGGUCUCAGUGGGAGGUUAGCCUUUUUCGAGCGGCAGCGCUGGUGGACUUUUUUUGGGCUUUUCGGCCUGGGGAGUUGCUACCUCGGAGUAGGUUUUCAGCCACAGAUCGGUGCUUGCGUUUCACUGAUCUGUCCUUCGGAGAUGGGGAGGUGCGCAUUCUGUUGCGCUUCUCCAAGACGGACCAGCAUGGUAGGGGGCAUAUGGAAAGGCUUUGUGCAGCCGUUGAUUCUACCCUUUGCCCUGUGGUGGCCUUGCAACAGUAUGUUGAAAUGGGCCCCUAUGAAGGGGGCCCCCUUUCUGUUCAUGAGAGCGGGGCUUCCCUGACCCAAUACCAGUUCCUGGCAGUGUUGCAGAGGGCAUUGGCAACUGCUGAUGUCGCAACCUUGGGGCUGACAUUACAUUCCUUUCGUAUUGGGGCGGCUACCACGGCUAGCCGUUUGGGGUUUAGGGAGGAAGAGGUGAGGAGGAUUGGCCGGUGGAGGUCCAAGGUGGUACGGCGCUAUGUGCGCUAGGUGGGGUCGGAGCUUUGUUAUCUGACCAGUUUAUUUUCUUGGCAGGUGCUGGCGGAGCGGCGGCUUCUGUUCGUGUCCUGAUCUGUGGCCAUUUGUUGGUCUUUUGGGCAUUCAAGAGAGCCAGCACCUCCCAGUGGGGCAUCCAACUUGGUUUGGGAAGACGGGCCUCAGUUUACUGGUUGGGUUUGCGGGGUAUGGUGUGGAGCCAGUUGCUCCCAGCCAUAUGGGAUCAUUUAGGUAGUUUUCCUGGGCCAGACGUUCUUGUUCUUCACCUGGGCGAGAAUGACUUAGGCAAGCAAACUGGCCUCUCACUUGUUCAACAAGUCUCAUCCAAUUUUUCGACCCUGGAGGGUUUGCUUCUUGGCUUGUGCAUAGUGUGGGUCAGCUGGCUGCAGCGUAAAGUGUGGCGGGGGGUGCAGUGUGUGCGUGGCAUAGAAAGGGAGCGCCGCAAGGCAUCUGCUGCCAUUGGCAGAUUGGUUGUGGCCGAUGGUGGGGUGGUUCUGGGGCAACCUGGCAUUUCUGCCCAUUUUCCACAGCUUUUUCGCCCUGAUGGGGUACAUUUAUCAGAGGCUGGUUGUGACCUCUAUUUGCAGAACAUUUGGAUGGGGCUUGUUGAGUUUUUGGAGGGGUGUGGGGCAGGGAGAUCAAGCUAGGCUAACCUCCCUGUGUGGCAGGAACAGUGUGGGCUGCGGGGGUAACUUGAGGUAAGACCUUAGGUGAGCACCUUUGGAUAAUUAAGAGGUGGACUGGUCAAUCGCUCCCCUGUGGUUUGUGCGGCCCGGGGAGAAUUGGUUGGCCAGGAAACCGGCUUCAGGACUUCGCUAACCCUUGGGCUGAGCGGUCCGGGGUGGGCAAAGGCCUAGAAGUAUCCAGGCCUCCUUUUAAGGAAGGGGGUUGGCUUUGAGGGGGAGUGGCAGGUUUUAUACCUGCCUGUUUCCUGAGCCAGGGUGUGUCACCCUGUAAGGUGCGGGCAGGAUAGUGGUUUCCUUACCCGGCCUUAGUAGGCCCACACUGUUGUGGUUGGGUGGUGAUUAUCACCCUGUUUACAGUUCGCCAUGCCUUUUGUGUUGCUUAAUAAAGUUGUGGCCCUUUCCCCAUGAAAAUAAGUCUCUGUGUCUCUUUUGGGUCUGGGUCUGGGGACAAAUAAGCCUUUUUCCUGUAAAUGAAAUUUAAUAACCUUCUAAAUCCAAG